AGGGAAGAGCUUUGGAAAAUGCGACACUUGAUUUCUAUCUUGGUACCAUAGACACAAUGAAUACAUUUCCUAAGACAUUUUUUGUCACCAAUGAAAAUGUUAUGUCAUUGCUCGUAUUCUCAGAAAGCCUGCAGAAAUCGAAUUUCUGCCGACCAAGAAUAAAUAAUUAACAUAAUCCCAUUUGUUUGUCGUUCCACAAUCCUAAGUUUUACGAAGAAACACAGUAAGUUGGCUGCAGCGUAAGGAGCUUCCACAUGGCGGAAGUACCAAAGAAACCGAAACGAAAAAAAAUAACAGAAUGAGAGCAAAUAUAUUUGAAUAGUUUGCUAGUGCAAACCUGCUUGAAAUGGCAUAAGAAUGAUGCAAUGAGUUUUCUGCAUGCUGCUGUAGCAGACAGUGACACACAAAUUUUUAAAGAGGCAGAAAACAGCUUGGGUUGUCCGUGGAAUUCCUUGCAGCAGAGCAGAAUUCUAUAUGAAUGUAAUUAAGCAUUCGUGCUUCAUACUUAAAUGGAAUGCAUCAAGGCUUUUUAAACAGAAGCAUUCUGGAAAGGCAAACGUAUAGACAAAAGUCUAUAUACAGAUGGUUUGAAUAUAGAGAUCCUUUGUGUGGGGAAGUACUUAUAAUCUUUGCAGGCAGAAUAAUGUCCUAAAAAGAGGCCUUGAAAUGGACCUGGAAAAGGCCUUCGAUUAACCCUGAAAGAAUAUAGACGACAUUCCCAACACCAUUGAUUGAUCUUGAAAGGGCAUGGGCAAACUCCACAACACCAACGUGCUUUACACACGGUGAAAUAUUUAAAUUCAUUACAGUCAGGGAUAUUCAGAGAAAAAUACUUAAAUUAGACCCCAGAGAGCUAUUUUAUGAGUGGAGAAGAGAAUGGAAAUGCGUCGCCGUGCCUUAAUCUCUUUAUUUAUGUUGGUCUAUAUAAGUACUUUGCAAGUGGAAUCGGCUCCUUUGGCCUGCAAAGUUUCCACUUUAAAUACUUGUGUUGGAUAUCUAUAUUUUGUUUCGCCUCAAGAGCAGACUGCAGAACAAGUAGCCGAUAUGCUCAGUGUAUCCCCGAUGGACGUGGGGAGAACCUAUGGGGAGAAACCUGUAUAUGUGAUCAAUGUGACCUGCCGCUGCGAGCCCGAUUCAAACCAGUUCCUUGCCAAAACUGACUAUAUUGUUAGGGUCGAUGAUAGCUGGAAUUCUAUAUCUUUGGCAUUUGAUGGCCUAAUUUCUGCAGAUUAUGGAACUGUUUUGUAUCCGCCUCUUAAAUUGGAACUGAAGAUUCAGUGUGGAUGCCAAAAUGAUGUGGGUGUUAUGACCUAUCGAGUUGUCUCAGGGGAUACUGUGUAUGGCCUUGCAACUCGAUUCAAUACAAGCUGGAACAGGAUAGUUAAGCUAAACGGACUAGUUAAUGAAAGCGAAAUCGGCGUCGAUCAGAUCCUUUUCUUGCCAAUGGAUUAUCCAGAAAAUCUCAUUUCACAACAAAUAGAUGAAAAAAGGACAAAGCCUAAAUCUCAAACAGGAUUAAUCGUAGGAGUAGCUAGUGGAGUGGUUUUCCUUUUGGCUGCAUUAAUAAUAGGGGGAUUCUAUAUGCGAUCAAAAUCAACCAAACAGGUUGAGAAAACAUUCAAUAAGAAAGAUAGCUGCCACAGUCGAGAUCUGGAAGCAUCAAAUCAUCCAGAGGAGGCCAGGUCAAAUUAUUGUUAUUUACCUUUCUGCCAAUUUCUUGAAAAGGAAAAGGUCAACAUUAAACAUGCCGAUUCUCUUCCAAAAGGUUCCACAACCUUUAGAGUGAUAGGUUUGGAUUCUGAAAAACCAGUUGUUUUUACUUACGAUGAUAUACUUGAAGCAACUGAUAAUCUCCACAAAUCCAGAAAGAUUGGCGAGGGAUCAUAUGGCUCAGUUUAUUUAGGAAAGCUUAUGGAUAAGAUGGUUGCCAUCAAGCAAAUGAGGGACACAAAAUCAAAGGAAUUUUUGGCAGAACUGAAAAUCCUCUGCAAAGUCCAUCAUUCAAACUUGGUUGAGCUCAUAGGCUAUUCUGCUGGAGGUGAACAUUUAUUCCUUGUAUAUGAAUAUGCUGAAAAUGGUGCCCUAAGUGAAUGUUUACACGAUCCAUCAAGCAAAGGUCAUAAGCCACUUUCGUGGACUGAAAGGGUGCAAAUUGCCCUUGAUGCAGCAAGAGGCCUUGAAUAUAUUCAUGAACAUACAAAACCAAUUUAUGCUCACCGAGAUGUCAAAACAAGCAACAUUCUUCUUGAUUCAGAUUUGCGUGCAAAGAUUGCAGACUUUGGUCUAGUCAAGUUGUUGGAGCAUUCCCUUGAAAAUCAAGCUGCAACAACAAAAGUGGUUGGAACAUUUGGCUAUCUUGCCCCUGAGUAUGUUCGAGAUGGACAUGUAAGUACAAAAAAUGAUGUAUAUGCUUUUGGUGUUGUUUUGAUGGAGUUGAUUUCCGGGCAACCAGCACUUUGCAGGAGUACAAAAUCAAAUGUUGGAGAAUGGAAAUCAUUGAUAUCUUUCGUGACAUCAAUAUUUAAGGAGUCGGACAUUACAACAAAUUUGAAGAGCCUUGUAGACAAAAGCCUACUUCAAUAUCCUGAAGAUCUUGUCUUGAAGAUGGCUAUCCUUUCAACGUCUUGCGUGGAGGAAAAUCCAGAUCUACGGCCAAAUAUGUUAGAUGUUGUCUUUGCUCUUUCUCAAAUGCUUCAGUUGUCAUCCGAGUGGGAAACUGCCCAAACAGAUCAUAUCCCAGAUUUUGAUGUCCUCUACGAAUGUCGGUAACUGGUGAUAAAUCUGGAAUUCAUCUUCUGCCUAGAUAUAGACCACGGAAGAACUGCAACCGGACUCAGAUCUUGCAGAUUUGUAUAUAAACAUUUCCUAAUAUCUGUAUUAAUUAGAACUUUUAACUAAUGAGUUAGCUGUCUCUUAGAUGCACGAAUUAUAAAAGCAGCUCUGCAUAGACAAAUUGUUGGCAACAGGAAGGCCGUUGCUUUAAAUAUGUAUUUCACAUAAACAGGAAAGUAAACCAGUCAAGAUACUUCAGAUUUCUUCUAUUCUAUACUUACCAAUAUUUCAGUCUUUUUAUAUUUUUCGCUUCACAGGCACAGACAUACCGAAUGAACUCAAAAGUCCACUUGAUAUCUGUUGCAAUCUGACAAUACCAUGUUUUAUUUCAAUCAAGCUUUGACAUUUGUUAAGGAUUUGA